AAACAAAAGAGAAUCGAUGAGAAAGUUGGGGUGUGGAGGUGGUGAUGAUGGGCUGCGUUGGUUCAAACUAAUCCAAACCAUCAUUGCGAAUCUUCGGACGGCCGAGCCCACCAUCAUUGAAGCCGAGUGAAGUUCCGGAAAUGCCCUUGCUGGCACAGCCCAUCAUUCACAUGACGCCAUUUCCAAAUUUCAACCCACAGAGAAAGAAACAAAAAAAAGAGAGAGAAGAUGGAGGAAAGUUUGAGAGUUGAGAGGAGCUGCUUCUUCCUCUUCAUCAUCAUCGUAGGGAGAACAUUAAAUCCUUGCCAACGCCAGCCGCCUUCCAUACUUACACAUGCAUGAUUGUUGUGGCAGAGAGAGAGAGAGAAAGAGUGAGUGAGAGAUGAAAAGAAUGAUAAUAAUAAAGAAGAGCUCUCUCUCACUCUCUCUCUCACUUUCUUUCUGUUUCUCUCUCUGAAAUCACAGUAUAUAUAUUGACAACCAGGAAGAGCAGCUCUUCACUUCACUUUGUCCCUCACUUUCUCUCUGAAUCUUCUCCUUCCUCGGCCAGAGAUUGCUUCUCUAUUAACCAACCUUCCUUUGAAAAGCCAUUAGAAGAUGGAGAGGCUGAACUCAAAGCUGUACAUGGAGAACUACUACAUAAUGCAGGAAAAUGAGAAGCUGAGAAAGAAAGCCCAGCUCCUCAACCAGGAAAAUCAAGCUCUACUUUCUGAGCUAAAGCAGAAAGUCUCCAACAACACUCCAAGCUCCUCCAUUCCUGACCUCAACCUCUGCUCCAGCUCCACUUCAAAAUCAAAUGCAGCCUCCAAAUCCAAUUCAAGCAAACAGUGAGCAGACCAACGGGAAGGAAACCCAUCUAGGAGGAGGCUACUCCUCUCUAGCUAGUUUUGUGAAAAAAAACUCAGGAUUCAAACAGGGCUAGUGAUUCUAGUUUUCAAGGGGGAAGGGACAGGCAUUUGGUUUUACUCUUUUAGAAAUGAUUUAUAAUUUUCUGUUCAAUGUUUUGAUCUUUUUUGGUGGGGGGGUUACAGUGAUGUAUUUCUGGAUCACUAGGAAGUUGCUUUAGCUUAUCUGGAAAGGAAUAUAUAAUAUAUUAUUUUCAGGAUUUGGCUC